GGAUUUCAUUGGGGUUUAGGGCACCAAGACAACGGAGAAGAAGCAGCAGCGAUGAGGAAAAGGGCGAGCAAUGGCGGCCGCUCCUCAACCUUCUUCUCCGUCCUUCUCGCUCGCAUCCGAACCUCCGACCUUCAAAUCCUAGGCGCUGAUGCCGUUGUCGACCAUCUCCGUUCCCAAUUCCCUGACUACGCCCGGCUCAAGCUCCAGCCCUUCUCGCACCAUGUUCAACAAGCUCUCCAAGCCGUUCGUCGUCAAUCCCCGAGAUCCCCAUCCUCUGAUGCUUCCCCGGCAUCCCUUGGUCGCCGGCGGCCGCGGCCUAAGGCUGAUAUCCUGGAUUUAGAGGAGGCGCACCUCCGUCGCCGGCGCCGCCUCGAUGAACAAUCUUCAUCAUCGACGUCUUCCUCGGUUUCGCCGUCAUCAUCUUCAUCCGAUGAUGAUGAUGAUGAUGAUGAUGAUGAUGAUGAUGCGUUCGGGGAAAAGCUGAGUCCGAAGUUUGAUCUCACCAAGUCGAUGCUCCGCGAUAGUUAUGUUAAGCAGGCGUCUGUGGGGAAGAAGAAGCCGCAAGCGAAGGAGGAUGACAAUGUGGAGAUCGAGAGGCCUGCUGUUAGUAAGGAGGCUUGCAGCUUGGAGUUGAAUGGGAGAGAGGGAGGAAGUACGGUGGAGACUGCGGUGGCGGAGAGGAGUGAUGGGGGUGAUGUGGUGAGCAGGGAUGAAGGACCGAAAUUUAGGGAUCUUGGGGGGAUGAAAGGGGUGCUGGAGGAUCUCAUGAAUGAGGUGAUUGUGCCAUUUUGCCACCCCCAGCUGCCAAAGUUGCUUGGAGUUAGGCCGAUUUCUGGGAUUUUGCUUCAUGGGCCGCCGGGAUGUGGGAAGACUAUGCUGGCACAUGCUAUUGCGAAUGAGACUGGUGUCCCAUUUUAUAAGAUUUCGGCAACUGAAGUAGUCUCUGGUGUCUCUGGUGCCUCUGAAGAAAACAUACGAGAUCUUUUCAAAAAGGCAUACAGGACGGCUCCUUCGAUUGUAUUUAUUGAUGAGAUAGAUGCAAUUGCAUCCAAGCGAGAAAAUCUACAAAGGGAGAUGGAACGUAGAAUAGUGACACAGCUGAUGACUUGCAUGGAUGAAUCACACCAAACACUUGAGUCAAUGGAUGCUGAUUCAGACUCAGAAACAUCUGGGAAAAAGCCUGGCUAUGUUCUUGUUAUUGGAGCUACAAAUACACCUGAUGCAAUAGACCAGGCUCUGAGGAGGCCUGGGAGAUUUGACCGUGAGAUAUAUUUAGGAGUUCCUGAUGAAAGCACGCGGAUGGAGAUAUUGAAUGUUCUCACACGUAGACUUAAGCUUGAGGGAAAGUUUAAUAUCUCUAAAAUUGCCAGAUCUACACCAGGUUUUGUCGGUGCUGAUUUGGCAGCAUUGGCAAACAAGGCUGGAAACUUGGCAAUGAAGCGAGUAAUAGAUACAAGAAAGUCUGAAUUUUGUUGUGAAGCAAAAGAGCAGAUUAAUGAAGAUUGGUGGAGGCAGCCAUGGGCUCCUGAAGAAAUGGAGAGCCUUAGUAUUACCAUGGAGGAUUUUGAGGAAGCAGUUAAAAUGGUUCAACCUUCUUCUAGAAGAGAAGGAUUUUCCUCAAUACCUAAUGUUACUUGGGAUGAUGUUGGUGGUCUAGACUCGUUAAGGAAAGAAUUUGAUCGUUACAUUGUUCGACCUAUAAAACACCCUGAGCAUUAUGUGGAAUUUGGUGUGAACAUGGAAGCUGGUUUCUUGCUUUAUGGACCGCCAGGCUGUGGGAAAACUUUAAUUGCUAAGGCUGUAGCAAAUGAGGCUGGUACUAACUUUAUACAUAUCAAGGGUCCUGAACUUUUAAACAAGUAUGUUGGGGAAAGUGAGCUGAAAGUUAGAACAUUAUUUAGCCGUGCAAGAACAUGUGCGCCAUGCAUUCUUUUCUUUGAUGAGAUUGAUGCUUUGACUACCAAGAGAGGAAAGGAGGGGGGAUGGGUUGUUGAGCGGCUACUAAACCAGCUACUCAUAGAGCUUGAUGGUGCUGAUCAACGACAAGGUGUUUAUGUUAUUGGAGCUACAAAUAGAGUUGAAGUUAUGGAUCCUGCUGUUCUACGACCAGGAAGACUCGGGAAAUUGCUUUAUGUUCCUCUACCUACUGCAGAUGAGCGUGCAUUAAUUUUGAAGGCACUUGCAAGAAAGAAACCUAUUGCAGCUGAUGUUGAUUUUGUUGCCAUUGCCCAUAGAGAGGAGUGCAAUAAUCUGACUGGGGCUGAUCUGUCUGCAUUGAUGAAUGUAGCUGCUACGGCUGCUGUUGAAGAAAAAGCUGUUAUCUAGUGAGCUGGGGGACGCCAGAUAUUGGACCAAGUCGUAU